CGUACGCGCUCACGUCCUCACGUCCUCCCCGCGCGUCCUUUUCUGCGGCCCUUCGGAUAGAAUCAUGCCGUCGCUGCGUCACUCGUACACGGUGACGGAGGAGCGACCCGCCGCGGAGCCUCUGGAGCCCGCGGAGAGGAGGAGGAGCCCGGUCCUGUCCCGCACCGCGCUCAUCUCCACCUUCAGAGGACUUAUCAUCAGCCAGAGCAAGAACAAGACUCCUCAGGGCCUGGUGGGACUCAAGAACCUCGGCAACACGUGUUUCAUGAACUCGAUGGUUCAGUGUCUCAGUAACACGGUGGAGCUCAGAGAUUACUGCCUGAGGAGCGCGCACCGCCUGGACCUGUGCAGCCACCGUAGGACCUCGCCCCACGCCCCCGCCCCCGCCCUCAUGGAAGAGUUCGCGUCUCUGGUCCAGCGCUUGUGGACUUCGGUCGGUUCAGACUCUCUGAACCCGACAGACUUCAGGAAACAGAUCUGUCAGUACGCGCCCAAGUUCGGAGGCUGCAGUCAGCAGGACGCUCAGGAGUUCCUGCGCUUCCUGUUGGACGGUCUCCACGGCGACGUGAACCGGGCGACGCAGCACCCACGGGCGUCAGCGCAGGACUUUGACCACCUCCCAGACGAGGAGAAGAGCCGACAGAUGUGGAACCUGUACGUGCAGAGAGAAAACAGCGCCAUCGUGGACGUGUUCGGGGGCCAGUUGAAGAGCUGUCUGACGUGCUCCGUGUGCGGCUCCACCUCCACCAUGUUUGACCCCUUCUGGGACCUGUCCAUCCCCAUCGCAAAGAAGAGCUCCGGGGAGGUGACGCUCAGAGACUGUCUGAAGCUCUUCACCAAAGAAGACGUGCUGGACGGAGACGAGAGCCCGACGUGUGAUCGCUGUAAAACCAGGAGGAAGUGCACAAAACGCCUCAGUAUCCAGAGAUUCCCUCGCAUCCUGGUGCUCCACCUGAAACGUUUUUCCGACUCCAACGUGCGCAGCUCCAAACUCUCCACGUACGUCGACUUCCCCCUGAAGGAGUUGGAUCUGAGGGAAUUCUCCGACACCAACGAGCGGGCGGUGUACAACCUGUUCGCGGUGUCCAAUCACACGGGCAGCGCUCUGGGGGGGCACUACACGGCCUACUGCAAACACUCCGGCCUGGGCGAGUGGUACAGCUACAACGACACCAGGGUGAACCCGAUCUCCUCCAGUCAGGUCCGCAGCAGUAACGCCUACGUCCUGUUCUACGAGCUCAGCCCCUCCCUGCACAACAAGUACCAGACCUGCCGACUAUAGGACCGGACCCGGACCGGACCCGGACCGGACCCUCCCAGACCCAACAGAACCCAACAGAACCCCACCGAACCCAACUGGACCCAACUGGACCCAACCGGACGCUUUAUAACAACCAAAGACUGUAUUUAUUAUUUUGAAUUGGCAGGUCUAAACCAGGUCUAAACCAGGUCUAAACCAGGUCUAAACCAGGUCUAAACCAGGUCUAAACCAGGACUAAACCAGGUCGAAACCAGGUUGAAUAAAAGUGAGAUGGCCGAUGUUCAAAAGCUUUUAUUUAAUUUUUAAUUAAUUAAUUUUAUUUUUUACAUUUUGGAAAGAAAAAAAACCCUUCGUGUUUUUUGAAGCUUUGGUUUUUUGAAUUUUUAUUUUUUAUUUUUUGUGUACUGUGGUCCAAAGCAAGGCUGUUUUUUGUUUUGGUUUUUUUGCUGGAAAAAAAUAAGCUUUUGGACAUCGGCCGCCUGAGUGAGCUACGCAUUUUUCACUUUUAUUUUGAUGUUCCUUGCAUUUGCGGCUCUACAAGAACUUUGUGCGUUUUCUGUUUUGUUUGAAACCAGGUCGACUGUUGGUCUGAACCGUCCACAUGAUCCUGGAUUUUUUAUUUCACGAUUUUGUCCCUAAAUCAAGAUCUGAAUGUAAAUAUCAGACCAAUCAGGCGCCUUCUUUCCUCGAGGUCCCUCCCACUGGCGUUAGGAACAGGUUUGAUUGACAGCUUUAACAGCGUCGCUCCUGAUUGGCUCUUUGGUUGCUAUGAUACUCGCGGUCGGAAUUCCGAAUAUGGAAGUGCGCUCCGUAAACCGCCGGCGGAGCUUCAUUUUGAGCCGAACGCACGUUAGAUUUAAAUUUUUUUACUUGAAAUCUUCACGUUUUUAGACACGUUUCUUUUUUGUUUUUUGUUUUUUGACCCGACCCCUUCCUGUCAGUCUCGGAUCAAAACUACGGACAAGUCACGGAAACGGCGCCAUCUCCUGGACAGACGCAGCCGUUACACACAAGACUCAAGGACAAAAAAAAAAGCAAUAUUUUUUUAUUUAUAUGUGAACUUUUGUAUCGGGUGCAAUGAAGAAGAAUGAAGAGUCUGACUGCAACGUUUAAUUUAUAAUUUAUUUAAUUUUAAUGUAAAAAAAAGUGUUUGAACAAAGUGUGUGGAGAGAACGAAGUGUGUUUUUGUACAGUAUUUAUGAGCUGUGCUGUGAACGGACGACGUGUGCGC